AUGCUCAAGAGGGAGUUUAUAAACAAAAUAUGGGCAGAGCUAGGGGAUGAUGCAGGUACACCCAUAAAUGACAGGGAUCCAGCCCUUGGUGGUCUUAUUGAUCGAAAAGAUUUUGGAAAUGCACUAGAAGCCAUACCUUGGCCCCGAGAAGAACGGGCAAGAGGAGUUGCAAAGCUACAAAGCCUAACAAAUAAGUUAGGUAGUUGGAAAUCAAAUGAGUUCAAAAAAUUCAGUGAAAUUGCAAGAGAGGUUUUAUCUGAGAAGAUACCAUCAAAUGCAUAUGAUUGUUUUAUGCUUCUUUGUCAAGCUGUCCAAAUGCUGUAUUAUAACGAACUCAAAAUUUCUGGUUGGUCAGAAGAAAACAUUGUAAGAUUGAAUAACCUACUAUGGGCUCAUGCAGUUAUGGGAGAGGAAUACUAUGGACUAGAAUUUUGUACUGAAAAUUUAGAAUACUCAGCUCAUGCAGCAUCUCAGAUAAACCGACASUCCAGCUUGGACAACUAUUCAUGUGAACUGUUUGAAAGAAUGAUACGACGGCGCAAACAACAAAAACAUUAUUCUCGAGGGAUUGAAAAAACGUAUGCUUCUAGAGAGAGCAUACGGGACUUUCUGCAUUGGUACAAGCAGAAGAAUGGGGCACUUUCAAGUUAUGAAGAAAAACCCAAGUAUCAAUUCAAAAUUGAGAUWUUACAGAACGGAACACCAUUUUAUUUGAAAGAAGCAUCCCUACAGUCUGCAAAUGACCUGUUGACAGACUUCAAAGACAUUCCAGAUGUAAGGAUGAGGCAUGCCAUUAAAUAUGGAGUGCUUCUUGGCAAGGUUUCACAAAACGCUUGCUCAGUGGCUGUAAUAUCAGACAUCCAACGGCACUUACGCAGAGAGACUGCAGAAUUAAGUGGUACCAAAUAUUCUGCAAACAUCUAAAAAUGUUGCACUGUUUGAUCAAUAUAAAGA